AUGACGGGGUGCCGAAGGCAUCGCUCGUGUCAAAAUGAUGACGGGGUGCCGAAGGCAUCGCUUGCGUCAAAUGAUGACAAGGUGCCGAAGGCAUCACUUCUGCCUAAUGAUGACAGGGUGCCGAAGGCAUCGCUUCUGCCUAUGAUGACAGGGUGCCGAAGGCAUCGCUCGUGUCAAAAUGAUGACGGGGUGCCGAAGGCAUCGCUCGCGUCAAAUGAUGACGGGGUGCCGAAGGCUUCGCUUCCGCCUAAUGAUGACAGGGUGCCGAAGGCAUCGCUUCUGCCUAUGAUGACAGGGUGCCGAAGGCGUCGCUCGUGUCAAAAUGAUGAUGGGGUGCCGAAGGCAUCGCUCGCGUCAAAUGAUGACAGGGUGCCGAAGGCAUCGCUUUUGCCGAAUGAUGGCGGGGUGCCGAAGGCAUCGCUUGCGUCAAAUGAUGACAGGGUGCCGAAGGCAUCACGUCUACCUAAUGAUGAGGGGUGCCAAAGGCAUAGAGAGACUUGCAGAUUUUUUGUGGAGCCAUCCAUGCGAUGGGGCUCUUCUUAUGCCUUUGGAUGGCUCCAUUGA